AUGUUUAUCUUUUCUAUUCUGACUCUGUACGAUGAACACAUCAAUUUAGAGUAUAACAUGGCGGAAUCUCAAGUCAGUCUCGCAGUUUUGAUCUAUUUUGGGAGGAUUUUUACGGUUUUCUUUUCUCUUUUUGAAGCUGGACUUCUACUUUACAAAGGUCUGACGCUUCCCUUCGAAGUCGAGCGACUUGUGACAGACUCUGUCUGUCUCAUUGCCUUCCUUGGAGUCGACCUUAUCCGUUUGUCGGUUGCUGAUAGUGGAAAUAAAGCCGCCGCUCGAUCUCCGAUUGGCCUCUCUCUUGCUCUCACCGUUCCAGCAGUACUUCUUUCAGUCUACUUCUAUCAGUGGCAAACUUAUGUUCUUUCGAUUGAACAAACCAUCGUCAUUAUGUAUUGGACGAUCGCCGGAAUCCAAAUCUUACCCAAAUUCAUCGGUCUUGGAAUUUACAACUGA